AUGAACCAAUUCACUGCACCAGCCGGCCAAUCUGAAGCGUUUAUGCAAAACAUUUAUGCCAAUGGAGGGCCCAAUCUUAUGAACAUGCCACCCGAAAUGCAAACCAUGACAGCCCAACAGCUUUCGAUUCAGCAACAGCAACUCAUGUCUCAGCAACCCCAAGUAUAUGGUCAACCUUUUGGAUCCAUGGCGGGUGCCGCUGGGAUGGAAGCGACGACGUCUCAAGUAAUGUCUGGCAUGCUUGCAGCUCAACAACAACAACAGCAACGACCUCCCAUGAUGGCCCCACAACAACAACCUUUUCGACCUGCCAACUUUGCACAACAACAAGCUUGGCUUGCCAAACAACACCAAAUGGAGCAGCAUCGAAGACAGCUUAUGGCUAUGCAACAACAGCAACAAAUGAAGUCUAUGGCUCAGUCUUCCCCAGUAGCUGCAGCAGCAGCAGCAUCAGUAUCAGGCACCCCAUCAACGGCAGCAGCAGCAGCAGCAGCAGUACCACAGCAAAUGCCUGGUGCUAAUCCAGCAACCAUGAAUCCUGGUGCAAUGCCACCCACCGUGAAUCCUCAUCCUGGCACACCCAAUCCUUCCAUGAUGACCACUGAAGCUGAUAAGGGGAAAGCUGCUCAAAAUGAUGUGAAUGCAAAGCGAGUGGAAACGAUAUUGAUUAUGAAUCAAGAGUUGAUCCGUUUGUGUGUCAUUCAACAACAAUCCCCACAGGAGCCUGAUAUUUCACCUUAUCAAGCAAGGUUGCAAUCGAAUCUCACCUAUCUUGCUACUAUGGCAGAUAUUUCCAUGGUAAAACCAGGAGAGGAACCAAGAACACCUAAUCCACCCGACUUGUCACCCUUACCUGCACCCAAUUCCGAUAUUGCAAGGAAGAUUCAUGCACUUCUCAACACAGCACAAGUGAUUUUCAAGAAUGAUACCGAGGCUAAUAAACAGCAACAACAGCCAAAUCGUAGUAAUCCCGAGUCAACAACACCUUCUACAACGCCUGCUGCUGCUGCUGCAUCUUCACCUUAUUCCCAACCACAAAAUGUGCAAAAUUCACCUAUUCAACAACAACAACAACAACAAGGAAUGCGGAGCACUCCACCUUCUCAACCACAAACUCCUCAACAACAACCACAAACACCACAGCAAAUGAUGCGUGCAGCACAACAACAACAACAACAAGCAUCACCAAGUCAACAUCAUCCAUCUCCACAACAACAACAACAACAACAACAAUUUUAUAAUGGAGCCAAUAUGUCUAUGGCAGGAUCACCCGCUGUGAGGAACCAAAUGAUGGAUCCACAAACCAUUCUUCAACAACAAUUACGGCAACAGCAACAACAAAGACAACGCAUGAUGAUGGCUGCAAGUGGGGCUGGUGGUGCAGGAGGAGAUAUGAUGAUGAACAAUGAUGGCAGCUAUACCCCUGGCAGUUCAAUGGUCCAAUCUGGUUCUCCCAUGUCACAAUCGUUGGAUGGAUUAUCACCUAGCAUGACAUCCAAUCCUGGUAGUAUGCCUCCAUCGAUGCCUGGUUCCAUGAAUCCAAAUGAUUUGAUGAUGAAUGGUGGUGCUGGUGGUGGUGGUGGCGUGAGUGCAGCUGGUGGUAUGAUCAAUCCCGCCAUGGUCAUGAACAAUGCUGGUAAUAUGAACAACAUGAUGGCAGCAGCAGCAGCAGCUGGGAUGUACAAUGGAAGUCCAGGCAGUGCUGGUGGUGGUAGUAAUGCUGGAGGCGAGGAUAUGAGCAACUAUCAAAACGUGGUCAUGAUGAUGCAACGGUUACAACAGCAACAGCAACAACAACAGCAACAACAACGGGAAUUUGAAGAUGCAUUUGCCAACCAGCAACAGUCGUAA